AUGGACUUAAUCUUGGACAAUCUCUAUCUAGGAGAUCUGAAUGAUGCAUCAAACUAUUACAGAUUAUAGCAAAUGGUAAUUACAAAAAAUAUUAACCUCUUUAAAUAGGGGGUAACUCAUAUACUUUAAGUAGCCGCUGGAUUCAAACCUAUGUUUCCCAAGGAAUUCAGAUACAAAGUAAUUAACAUCUUAGAUAUGCCAUAUGUCAAUAUUAUGAAGCAUUUCCCUACAGCUAUCUAGUUCAUCAAAGAAGCAAUCAGCAGUGGGGGCACAGUCUUAGUUCAUUGUUAUGCAGGUAUUUCAAGAAGUGCCUCUUGUGUGAUUGCAUAUUUAAUGCAAGAAAGUAGCAUGCCUUUCUUUGAAGCAAUGUCUUAUGUAAGAAAGCGCAGACACAUUGUGUUUCCAAACUUUGGGUUUUAAAGACAACUAAUGGACUUUGAAAGGCUUGUCAAAUCAAGACAACAUCAUCAGGCCUAAUCAUAAUCACCUAAUAAAAAACACUCAGAAAAACUUUCACUUUCAAAUCAAAAGACAGAUAAGUAUUCUACAGCAGUGAAAACAUAGCAAAUUUCAUAAAUUUUAUCAUCAGAUACGAAGCCAUAGAGAAAAUAGAGUGAUAAUAUCUUAACACAUACAUAACCAUAGCUUUAACCUCUGAGCAAGAUUUAUGCAUCUUCUUUUCAAGUAAAAAAGCAAAAUAGUGAAUAAUAGUCGUCUUAAACUUAACCUGUAUCAUUGAUAGAGUCUCGUAGACUUACCAAUGCACCGAAUGAUAUACCCAAUAUUUAAAUCAAGAAUAGAAACCUAAGAGCUUAAUCAUAAUAUCAUGAUUAAAGAUAAGAGGAAAACACUCCCCAAGUAAGAUAAGUUAAAGGUGCUUCUCUGUCUCCAAAAAAAAGUAGCAAUAAUCAAGAUUAAAUCACAUCUGAGCCUUAUUAUAAUACACCACAACAGUAACCAGCUAAAAAGUUAUUAGGCGACAAUGGUCUGACUAAUCAAAUAAUUGCAGCUUAAACUUUCAAUUCCAGGCCCAGAACUGAGAGCACUCAUAACCCAGUCAUCAAGGAUGUAAUUAGCAAGCACUAAUUCUAGGGUCACCAGAACACUGUAGAUAAAAUGGUUAAAAAUUUAGGUUCCUUGCAUAUGGCAUCAAAGUCGCCUUAAAGCAGACCGAAUAAAUUCCUAGAUAAAAAUCUUAAUUUUAGCUAAUCCUUUAAAUAGAAUCCAUUGGUUAACUAUGGUUGCAACUAAUGCUCCACAAUGCUAUUCAACAGCAGAGAAAUUAUAGAUCAUUAAAACGGACUUAGCUUGCUUUAGCAAAUGAAAAACAAUAACUUUAUGGGCAAUUAGUAGUUACCUACAAAUCUAGGGGCAAAUCCCUCUCUUGGUGAGUGUUCAUGUAUUUUCAUUUUGAAAAAGGAUUGGAUUAGUGAGUAAAAUAACAGAAUCAAUGGAGCGACUCCAGUUUAGAUAGAGUGUCCAAAGAAAGGCUGCGGCAACAAACUAGGUUAAUAUUCCUGGAACGGGUUAAAGUGCAAUUGUGGAAAGUUCAUUUCUCCGGCAUUCUAAAUUUCAAAGACAAAAAUUAAGAUUAUAACGAGCUCUAUACUUAACGGCGGUAGCAUGAAUGGCAAUAUGAAUGGACUUGAUUUCGGAUCUUUCACUGAUAAGCUUUAACUAGAAAAGACAAACUCAUAAAAUAACUAGUAUGUUGGUGUUUUAGGCCUUGAUAAUUAGAUCUUUAACAAAAAGAAAGGUGAGCACAUCAAUUCUAGAAGUCAGCAUAGCAGCACUUACUAACAGCAAUCAAAUAGAUUAUCAAGUCUAAAUAACAAUAACUACGAGGCAAUAAGUCCCAAAAGAAAUGUGUAGGAAUACCAAAAAGUUUUGCAUCCUUAAAAUUUACUUUUGUAAAAACCUUAUCAAAUGUCAUCCCCUGAGAAAAAGCAAUAGCUAGAGUUAGAAAAGAUUUACAACUCUUCAGCCUAGAAAUAAGUCUCUUACAGAUAAUAGUACUCUUAGCAGUAGUAGCAAUAACAACAGCAGUAAAAUUCAAACUAAAAGAACAAUGUAUUGUAAAACAGUAUAAACGGAAGUCUUUAAAAUGUGAUUAUAAAGCCAAGAGGAAUCUCAGGCAAUAUCUAGAAUCAUUACAGCCCAAUUAAAAAGUUGAUAUUGGUCUGA